CGAAAUUCGAGACGCAUCAAGCGUUGGAAACGAGGGGCCAAGUAUGCCCAAGCCUCAUGGCGUAUCUGCCGCGGGUAAUGCCGCAGGUCUGGCGAAGAACGAAGUCGACGACAAUCCCUUCUCCCAGUACUACGGCAUGCUUUUGCAUCAGCAGAACAUGCUGCAAGACCACGUGCGGACUAGCACGUACGAGCGCGCAAUGCUUCAAAACGCUUCGGAUUUCAACGGCAAAGUCGUGCUGGACGUUGGUACAGGGUCGGGAAUCCUCGCGUACUUUGCAAUCAAAGCUGGCGCGAAGCGUGUGUACGCUGUGGAGCUGAGCGCGAUGGCAGAAUGCGCGCGUAAGCUCAUGGACCACAACGGUAUGGCGAACAAGAUCGUCGUGAUCAAGGGAAAGAUGGAGGACGUGAAGUUGCCGGAAAAGGUGGACAUCGUGAUCUCUGAACCGAUGGGGUUCUUCCUCGUACAUGAGCGCAUGCUUGAGACCUAUGUACUCGGUCGGACGAAGUGGAUGAAGCCCGGCGGUCUCAUGUUCCCGUCGACGGGAACCAUGUUUGUGUGCCCAUUCACAGACGACAGUAUUUACCAAGAACAAAUGGCCAAGGUGUCGUUCUGGCGGCAGCAAAACUUCUACGGCCUCGACCUCAACUGCUUGGUGGAUGAAGCAAUGGAGAACCACUUUUCGCAGCCCAUCGUGGGGUACUUUUCACCGUCGAUUCUGAUGGCGUCGGCACCGGUCGAGCGCGUGCUUGAUUUUCGCUCGAUCACGGAGGACGAAUUCCACACCUUCGACAUCCCGUUUCGCUUCGAGUGCAACAAAACAGCCAUCAUGCAUGGCCUCGCGUGCUGGUUCACGGUCGAUUUCAUCGGGACGAAUGCCACCGUUGUGCUCUCGACGGGACCGUGGGACACAGGGACCCAUUGGUACCAGUGCCGCCUUUUGCUCAAGCAGCCCAUCGCGGUUAACAGCUCGCAAGCGAUCUACGGGAAUUUACACUUUACGGCCAACAACAAAUUCAGCUACGACAUCGAGAUGGAAGUAAUUCUUGAUGGCACGGCCAUUUCGUCGGCCACCACGAUCCGGCUGCAAGAUCAAAUGUACCAUUACAUGCACAGCUCCUAGAGUUGCGACCACCGUCGGUGGCCGUCGCGGGAGCCGCGUGCUUGUGAAGUUGAGAGCGGCGUGGCCAUUCUAAUACACAAUGGAUCCAGAUCGUCUCCUUUAUUCCAAAUGUUUAAACUAAACCCCCUCGAGGCUGACUCCACGAGAGAACAGUUGAGAAGUCCAAA